AAGUUAGCCAACACAAUGGGGAAGAUCAUCUUCUACGAGGACAAGAACUUCCAGGGGCGCUCGUACGAAUGCAGCAGCGACUGCCCUGAGCUGCACUCCCACUUCAGCCGCUGCAACUCCAUCCAGGUGGAGAGCGGCAGCUGGAUGGUCUACGAGCGGCCCAGCUUCGUGGGAUACCAGUAUUUCCUGCGCCGCGGCGAGUAUCCCGACUACCAACGCUGGAUGGGCUUCAAUGACUGCGUGCGAUCCUGCCGCAUGAUCCCCCAGCACCAGGGAGGCUACCGGAUAGGUGUCUACGAGCGCUCAGACUUUGGCGGUCAGAUGAUGGAGUUCACCGAUGACUGCCCAUCGCUGUACGACCGCUUCCACCACAUAGACGUCCACUCGUGCAACGUGCUGGAAGGCCACUGGCUGUUCUACGAGCACCCCAACUACAGGGGGCGCCAGUACCUGCUGCGCCCGGGCGAGUACCGCCGCUUUAACCAGUGGGGAGGCAUGAGUCCCAGGAUAGGCUCCCACAGACGCAUCACGUUCUGAUGGCAAAACCAAAACUAAAACCAAGCCUGUCCUAGCUCACCGUCACCACCAACCCCACCAUCCGCUUUUAAACUAAACCAAAUGAAAUAAAAAACAAUCCUGUUCACUUGCAAA